AUGCUGGCCUGGAGGCCUGGGGCCCGGAGCGUGGUCGCUGGACGGGGCCCCGAGUCGUCGGACGCCCGCGACGGAGCCCCCCUCAGCCCCCGCUUGGGCCGCGGGCGCUGCCUGCCUGCCGCCGACCUAGAUAUGAAAAUGCAUCUGGAGAAAAAUCUAGAAGAAGAGCGUCAGAUAUUACUGCAGCAACAAAAAAUAUGUCGAAUUCGAGCACGUAAAUAUUUUGUGGAAUCAAACCGGAGAAAAAAAGCUUUUGAAGAAAAACGAAAAGAACAAGAAGAAAAAGAACAACAAAUCAGAGAACAAAUACUUCAACAAAGAAAAGAGAAGUUUGAAGAAGUCACUGAAAAAUUCCAGCGCGCUCAUAUUCCUCUUUCACAACGGAGGAGAGCAGUUUUUCAAAAACGAGUUCCUCUGUUGGAAGAAGCCCUCAAGCAAAUUCAAGAAUCCAAUUUAAAAUCAGAAGUAAACCUCCUCCCUUCCUACAGACCAACAAUAAAUUGGAGAGCUAUAGAUAAUGCCUUGCCUUCAUCAUUGUCAAAAAAUGAUCACAAGCAUCAGAAACAUCUCUUAUCCAAAAUCAAUUGUGGUAAAGAAUUGAAGGAAAACAACAGGGCAAACUUGGCUACUAACAAAGAGGCGUUCCAGCUUAAACUGGAAGAAACUCAGAAACUCCUAGAAGAUCAGCAUCUAAGCAGUUUGCAAAUAUUUUGUGAUGAAGUUAAUCAAAUACCAAAUUCUGAAACCCUCUCGAGUAUAGACAGUCUUGAGGCUGGGGAACAUGAAGAAAUAUACUUAACACUUAAGGAGGAGCUCUGCACAUGGAGCCAGAACUCCGUUUCUCUCCAACCGGUAAAUGUGCGGUCAACUGAUCUGAGCGGCGGCGAUGAACACGAACUGUCAUUCCCCAAAACUCAGCGUGUAAACCAGUGGCUCAUAAACGUAAAUGACCCAAAGACUGAGACGGUCACACCUGUCUCAGAUAUUUUAAGUAAAGCCAAUGUCCUGCCUCCUUGUGAAUGUCUGAACGGCGAGGAACCAAAUCCGCCCGCGGAGAGAGUGACCGAGAGUGCUGAGCGUUGGGUAGCCUCCGUGUCCGGCGCCCCCGUAUUCGGAAGGGACGGAAAAUGCACUGUGAGAGCAGCCGACUCCUGUGCCGGCACCUUCAAAAGGGAGAGACCCUUUGUUCCCGAGAGCCCGACAUUUAAAUUCAGCAGAGUCGCGCCCGGGACCGCUGCGGAUGGUCCAACGCGGGAGCCCGCGACGUCUGCGGACCGCGGCGGCGCUUCGUGUGUGCCCGUGGCGACCCGCACAGCUCUGCCCCGCAGCGGGCCGGCGGCGAGGCCCUCGCCAGAGAGCAGCCUGCGGAGACCGGUCGGCCCGGCGCCGUGUCCGGACACGCUGGGCCGCUCGACCGAGGCCAAAGAUGACAAGUUAGAGGACGCCCGCCGUAGUAAGGAAGACCCGCCCUUGUUUUCGGGCUUCCGCGUUGCCUGUAUCCCUCCCGGCUCUGCGUCGGACGGCGGGGAACGCGCAAGAGCCCGAACACCAGCCUCGGGGUGUUCCGUCGCCGCUAAGGGUGACUCGGCCGGGCCGCACCGGACGGUGAAGCGCAGCGCGCACGAGAGCGGCGGGAGCUUCCCGAAGAGCAUUUUAAAAAAAGAACCCGAGUGCGGGCGCGGCCGUUUGAAGGCGCUGGUGGCAAAGCACAGCUGCAAGUGCGGAGGUCCGGGAGCGGCUCCCCGAGACGGCGCUGAACUAGCGAAAGAGAAGGCUACGGAAGCCGCAAAGACGGGGAAAAAACUGAGGUGGUUCGACGAACCUGGAGAUCCCGCGGGCCGGGCGCUGAAGAGCAGGACCGGGCCGUGUCCACAGCGGGGUCCGCCUUUCCGCCCUCAGCCGCGCGGGGGAGCUGCGGACCGGGGGGCGCGCGCCCUGAGCGCCGCGGGGGCAGCGCGGCCGCAGGAGGACGGCGUCUCGGAGACGGCCGCCGCCCCCGGAGCAUCUGCCGCGGCCGCGGGGCCUCUCACCUGUUUCGUGCCUUCCGGCAGCGACGCGGCCGAACAAGCCCGGCCGACCUCAGGAACGGGGGGACGGCCACCCCCGCGGCCCCGGGGGGGCUCUAAAGCUGAGACGGCGAGGCCGCGCGGUGCCGGGGCCCGCAGGAGAACGAGAUCGGCCCCUGCGCAGGGCGCGCUGUCGUGCGCGCUUGGAAGGGACGCCGCGCCCCGGCCGCGAUCCGCGGGCAGAGCCCGCGGGCCCUGGGCAGCUCAGGGCGCACCGCCUGUGCCUCCGCCCCUCAGCACGAGCUGCAGGAGCCCGGGGGCGUUUGGCCGCCCUGCAGCGCCGCAUGGAGGCCCGCAGCCCACGGUGACGGAGCCAGGCUGCCUCCGCGCCAGCCCCGUGCUUCCCCCGGAGCGCGGCGGGCUCGGCGCGUGGGGUCGGGAAGGUGGCGGGCGGACCGCACACGUGCCUUCGGGGCCCGGGCCUGCGAUGCCUUCUCCACCGCGUUGUUCGCGGCGCCGGAGCCGCGCCGAAGCAGCCGGCUCGGGCGGUACCGGGGCUCAUCCUGCCCGCAGGGACGGCCGCCGCCCGCCGCUCCUCAGGGCGGUCCGGGCGGAGUCCGUUCCCCGACGGAAGGCGCGGAGUGACGCGCGCGGCCACAGGGAACCGGAUGCUGGCUCUCCUGUUGUAAGAAGAAAGCAAAUUGUUGAAGAUAAGCAGAGAAGCCUUUUCGAACAGAAAAGACAAAACCCUGGAUCUGCAGGAAAGAAGUGUGACGAGCGCGCGAAUAAUUUGGAGCAAAGUGCCCAGCCAAGUUCAAGUGAGCCAAAACACACUACAAGGUGUACUUCUGAUGUUGAAGAAGUUUCAGACAGUACUUCUCGGUUUUUGAUGGCUGAAAACGUAGUGAAAGCUUCAGUGCCUGAGGUUGAAAUCCUCACUGUCAUGAACAGCAGGCAGCUACAGAAACCAAAUCUGUCUUUAAAUAAGACCCAGCCAUUUAACAUCUGUGUGCUCUCAGCUGCGGAACAGAAGCUCCUCCAGUCCCUCAGUCACCUCAAUGAGAGGUUCCACUAUGUACAAGAAGCCAUUUGCAAGAAUCCAUCCAUCAAAAAUACCUUACAAAUAAUACCACUUCUGAACAGCCGGCCGAGAGGCAGCCGGUCUCCGGGGGUCGGAUCCAGGCUGCAGAGGAAAUACUGACGGACCGCGGCGGCCAGUCGUACUGUCCUCGCGGCCGCUGACAACGGCCUGUAAAUAGAGCAUAGAUUUCCGCAUUUGUUAAGGAUUUAAAUACUACAACCAUAAGGUAAAGGUAAAUCAUAACAUGAGUAAUGGAGAUAAAUUGACUGGUUUACAUUUAUGCUACAA